CAGGUAUAUCUGGGCCCAGAGGGGGUGUGUGGUUUAUUGCACAGCUGGUGGCUGCAUCUGCAGAGCUGAGAACAACUGGAUCUUGUUCACACUCGGCCAGAGGAAGACUCCUGGGGUGAAACGACACCUCCUUCCAGCCUGACACGGACGGGUGAGCUGAAGGGAGAUCUCUGAGACCCUGCUGCUGCCACCAUGAGCUCAGAAGAUCCCAGGGACCGCUCAGAGAGCCAAAGCUUUUUUGAGGAUGUCAUUGAGUAUUUCCGGGAGAGUGUGAGAUGGGAACAACUGCAAUUCCUGCUCACUGAAGACAAACCCUGGAAGAAUUUUGUGAUCGAGGCCGAUUUGUCCAGGGAAGAGGCAGAUGUACUCCGUGAAUAUCUGAUCAAGCUCCAAACAGACUUGCCUGGGGAGGUCCAAGACAGGCUCCAAAAAUACCAGCAGGAAAAGGAGAGAUUUUUGAAAGAGUUUCCUCAGGUAAAACAGAAGCUGAAGGAGAGCAUAAGAAAGCUCCGUGAGCUCGCAGACGAUGUUGACAAGGUGCACAGGAACUGCACCAUCUCCCAUGUGGUAGCUUCCUCCACCGGCAUUGCGUCUGGCACCCUGAGAAUCCUUGGGCUGGUUCUGGCACCCUUUACAGCAGGCCUCAGUCUUGGACUCUCAGCCGCUGGAAUAGGGCUGGGAGCAGCGGCUGCUGUAACAGGUUUGUCCACCAUGGUGGUGGAAAAUGUAAACACGUCAUCAGCAGAAUCCCAGGCCAGUCUCCUUGACAUAGCCAAAAUAAUUUCCUAUGUAAAUGAUCUCUACCAAGUUAAAGAUUUUGGGAGGCAUAUUUGUGGCAUCAGGGUGGCCAGAGGCAACUCUCGAUUAGUAGCCACUGCUCAGCGCUGCAUAACCACUGGGCGAGACUCUCUCCGAAGUGCCCAGCAGGUGAGUAGAUAUUUCGGAGCGACUAGACCAGCUCGCAUUGGGAGUGGAGUCCUGUCAGGUUUAUUCAUGGCGCUGGACGUGUAUUCCCUGGUGAAAAACACACAGGACUUGCAGGAGGGGGCAAAGACAGCAUCAGCUGAGAACAUGAGGCAGAAAGCCCAGGAGCUGGAGAAGGAGUUGGAGAAGCUCACCUGGAUCUAUGAGAAUCUGCAAUAGGGCCCGACUGGGCCACCCCUAGAGCAAUGCAGGGACCAGGGAUGUGUGCAGGGUCAAGGGGAGAAACCACUUAUUUUGGACUGAAGAAGACACUGAGGGCAGAAUAAGGGAGAGACAGGGAGACUAGCAAUGAGAGACCAGGACUAGGGGAGCUUUGAAAAUGGGAGAAAGCCAAAGUAAUCCAGCACAAAUAGCAGAGCUCCUCUAUCACCCUCCCCAGGGUCUGAUAUUCCAGCAAGAAGUGUUUCCCCUGGUGAUGGUCUCUAACUCUACUUCUCCAGCAUUAACUCACCUUUGAACUCAGUGGGUAGUGACUUGUUUGUUCCCACGUUUUAUUAAAGUAUAGUUGAUUUACAA